AGUAUCUCGCACUUGGCGUAUGUGAGCAACUUUGGUUACUGACUUGCACAAGACCUUGGGUCAGCACUCCAUAGCACUCUAUAAUUAUCAUGGCACUUAGUCCAAAUACCUGCUUUCUGCACUUUCUAACUUCUCUUGGCCACUCGAAUUCGGGGUCAAAAAGGCUCGGGUCGCCACCCCAAACCGCACGCCAGCACUCAUCAAGAUCGAUCACUACAAGGAGAAUUAGCCAUUCUCCAUCGCCCGAUUCCGUCAAACAGACGACUACCUUGCUGCGCUAGCGCCCUUAAUUACCGUCCACCCUUCGAACGCCUCGCUGCCCAUUCUAGCAUUUGUGCUGCGCUGGCAGCAUCAACACCGCCAAGAUGGGUUCCGGGGAUUUGAAUAUGAAAAAGAGUUGGCAUCCCCAACGAUCAGGGAAUGUUGCCGCGACACAAAAGGCCGAGGCGGAAGCGAUCGCGGAACGCAAGAAGCUGCAGCAGCGUUUGCAGGAGAUCGAAGAGGAGCGGAAAAAGGAAGAGCUUCAGAAAGCGCUUGAAGCUGCAGGCGGGAAGCCCAAACCGCAGAGGGUAGAAUGGAUGUACUCAGGUCCAACUGACGGUCAGGCGGGCGACGCGGCCGAGAACGAAGCCUACCUACUCGGAAAGCGGCGGAUUGACAAGCUUCUCCAGGACAACGAUGUCAAGAAGUUGCAGAAGUCAAACGUGGAUGCGCUCGCCGGAGCGCCGGCGGCCGCUGUUACAAACUCCCGGGAUAUUGCCGCGAAGAUCCGGGAAGACCCAUUACUUGCGAUCAAGAGGCAGGAGCAGCAGGCAUACGAGGCGAUGAUGAAUGACCCUAUCAGGAGGCGACAACUGCUGGCAUCGAUGGGCAUCGACGAUUCACAAGACAAAUCUAAGCGCAAGGAGGAGAGACGACACAAACAUCGCCAUUCACAUCACCGAUCGCAUCGUCACGACGACGUCAGAGACGGCGAGAGACAUGCCCGCAGGCGGAGAUCAGAUUCUAGGGACAGGUCGAGGAGUCCGCGAAGAUACGAUUCGGAGGAGGAGGAUCGGAGGAGACGGAGGAGAGAUUCCCCCGCUCGCCGCGAUCGAAGGCGAGACAGGUCUGGGUCCGCAGUUUCCCGGGACAGACGAGAGAGACGAGAUGAUCGCGGCCGAAGGAGCAGCCAAGACAGGCAGGAUCGACGGGAUGAACGAGACAGGAGCGCAGAUGGUCGAUAUAGGGAUGACCGGUUCAGGGCAGGUUCUCGAUCGUUGUCCCCUGCGCCGCGCAGGAGAGACUACUCUCCCGACCGUGAUGAUCGGAGAAGCAAGGAUUAUUCCCCGGGCCGUGAUACUCAGAGAAGAGAGGUGUACUCACGGGAAGGCACCGGGCAAUCACGGGGAUACAGUGAAGAAUCGAGCAGGUACCGCAACGGCAACCCGUCCCGGUCACGGAGAAAUCACGACGGCCAUCCUGACCGUGGCCCACCAAGGCACAAUAGACGUCCCGUUGGUGCCGAGGUAGAGAGGGAGGGGGCCGAGGAGGAGGAGCGCGCCCGUAAGCUCGCUGCCAUGCAGGAGGCAGCAACCGAUCUCGACAAAGACCGCCAACGCCGGCUAGCGCUCAUAGCGGAGCAGGAGCGGGCGGCACAAGAGUCAGAUGAGCGGGCGCGGCAGCGCAACAAGCGGUUUGGUGGUGACGCCGGGUUCAUGAACCAGCUUCAUAGUCGUGCUACGGAGCUCAAGGUUGCGGAUCGCGCGGGGAGGCGGUAAGACUACGGUGCUUGGUAUUCGUUUCCCUAUCGCAGCGGUCGUGGUGUGCAUCAUUUUACGGGUGAGCUUGUUGGGAAUCAUCUAUAGGGUCUCAGAUUAAUGGAUACGAGACGUGAUACCCAGCGCAGAGGUGGUAGCUUCGGGUGCGCCGCCGUGUACGAAGUAUGACGACGUGUUACCGUGUUACCACUCUAGGACCGGUAUGGCAUUGGAACUACUGUAUGGAAGCGAAUUUACGGUUUCGCGAGGAUACCUACCUACUCUGGCAGGUCGGGCCUGAACCUCUUCGGGCGCGCUGAAUCCAGAUCUUCGGGAGAAGCCGAUCCAUGGUCUUGCUUGCAGCGAAGAUCAAUAGUUCAAAACCAGUCGAAACGUUGGAACCAAUGGGCCUAACGUUAGCGUCUCCGAGUCUGAUCUGCCCACUCAAAGCUGCCAUAGGGCACAG